CCCAGUGUUUUGUACAGCCUCAUCACAAAUAACGCCACGGAAAUAAUUCCUACGGCGUAAUCAUUUGUCGACAAAUCUGCGUUGAAUUCUUAAAGUUAUUUCAAGAGAAUCCCAAGAAACCCUGCAGAAUUUUUGAUUGCCAUUAUGUACACGUGGCUAUCGGGGACGCUGCUGCUGCUGCUGCUGGUGGUGUCGGCAGGGACCUUUGCCAACGAGGGGGAAGCAAAAUGCGAGGGGCAGAAGGGGUAUCUAGGAAUCCAUGGCAAACACGGGAAGCGUGGGUCCGACGCCCAGGAUGGAGCAGACGGAGAAAAGGGUGAACCUGGAGAUCCUGGGGAAGGGGUGAAAGGGAUUACAGGCCUCCCUGGGAUGCAAGGACCCAAAGGACAGAAAGGACUCAACGCACCGAUGAGUGAGAAUGGGCCUCAAGGAAACAAAGGUGUUCAGGGAGUCAGAGGAGACCCAGGGAGCGUGGGAACAAUGGGUCCAAACGGAGACCGAGGACCCAGAGGACACAAUGGAAUUGAUGGGGCCAAGGGCUCCCCGUACAUGUUGCCGAGAUCCGCUUUCUCGGUCAAAACCUCCUACAGAAAAAAGAGCACGGUUGGAAUACUUAAACACGACUUGGAAAUUGCUAACUUCCAAAAGCAUUACAAUAUGCAGACAGGAAAAUUCAAAUGUGAGCAUCCGGGGUAUUACUACUUCACGUUCUACCUCUCGGUUUCUGGGAAAAACUUAACAGCCUUUCUGAAACGGAAUGCUAGAACCAUCCUGACUGUUACUGACGAAGUAGCAAAAGAUUCUGGGGCUGAAAACAUGGGUGGGAGCAUCGUGCAACAUCUGGAUAAGGGAGACACGGUGUGGCUAGAUAUUGAUGCCACCAACAAUGGCAUCUUUGUUGACUAUGCCCGAGACAAUGUGUUCUCUGGCUUUAUAUUGAACUUUAACAGCUGAACUACUUAAAAUUUCAUCUGAUUUUUCACAAACAAUGCUAUCAACUACCACACUUUCGUCAGCUAGAUUGCACGUGUAAUAAAGAGACGACAUGAGACUUUUCAGGCCUUCUCUUACAGUAUCCAAUAAUUUUGCCUUUGUCUUCGCCUCGGUCAUUGCCACUCGAAUUUGCCACUCCGAUGCCCGCAUCAAUAAACGAAUCUCCCUCGA